CACAUCUGAAGGAGGCUUCCACGUCAUGACCUUCUUCCUAAAAGGGGAGAAGGCCUCUCGUCUGCUUGUGCCGCAGAUAAUCCGGUUCAUGAUUAGAUGUAAAUCCACAGUAACUCCGAAGAAACGGCUUUUCUUAUCACUAUUAGGCCCGAAGCUGGACAUAAUGCACCCGCUCCAACGGACGGUGGCAUCUGAGGCCCGAGUGAAGGAAGGCCAUCGACAGGUGGCCCCGGAAUCUAUGCUGCUUCACUUCACAGUAACAUUCCUACGAUACAGACUCAGCUUCUUAGACAGCUGACCCUUUCUUGUGGAAGUGACUGCCGUCCCCCGUACCUGGCCCAACCUUCCCGGCACCUUACAUGGGCUUCUUCUUCGGCCAGACUCCACAGACUAUAAGAUGUCUCAGACUCGCUCUCAUGCCAAAACAUUGCUUGCAGAGUGUGGACUCCGUGCAUCUCCUCCCUCUUCCUCUUCCUCCUCCUCCUUCUCUUCUUUCCUCACCUAGAAAAUUCUUUACAGCCACAUGUGUGGUUGCCUAGAGAUCAAAAACUAGUGUCCACUGAGUCCUGCUGCAGAUUCAAAGCGGAGUUUUUGCACAUUGCUUCGCAAUUGUCCUUUUUUGUAGUUUUCCAAUUUGACAGGUUUUACUCUCGUCAGGAUUCGCACACGAAGACUGUCUUCGGUGUACAUAUCCAGGUGACAGUUUUGUUGUCCUGUAACUGACCUCUGAUUUCUGUAUCUGAAAUCUGAACACUACCCGAUUCGCCAGCGGUAGAAAACUUGUGUAGCAUAUUUUUGAAGCUCAAGUGGCUGAAUAUGGCUUCGAGGGCGAUUCUUUCAAUUUUAGUGCUGCUGGCCGUUCAAGCCUACUUCUGUGCAGCAUUCAACAAUCAACAAACGGGCUGGGUAACGACGCAUUUGAAACGCCCCCAUAGCUCGCACCUGCACACGGGACGACAUCUGGGAGAGACGCCCAAGGAAGAAACUGUGACCACGACGGGCAAAGGGUGGAGGGCGAACCUGAUUGUCACGAGCGCCUACCUGGGCACGGAGAAUUACACAAUAUUACAAAAGGUGCACCGGGACGUGGACGCGAGCAUAGCCCGGGGCAAGUCGCUGGAUCGCAAGGCAAGGAAUGCGCCAUACCACAAUCACAAGGGCCGGCGCAUGCUGGACUUCACCUCGGACAUCGAAGCCACGCCGGGCUCGUACUCGAUGGAAAUCUCACUCGGCACCCCGCCACAGAAUUUCAUCGCCAUCGCCGACACGGGCAGCGACCUCGUCUGGCUGCAGUGCUCGACGUGUGAAGUCUGCUUCAACGCCACGCUCUUCGACCCGGCGCUCUCCUCCACGUACACCCCGCUGGGAUGCACUGGAUGCGCCGUCCUGGGAGGCAACGAGCUUUUGUGCACGCCGAAUUGCCAGUACACGUACAGAUAUGGCGAUCAAUCCACGACGCAGGGAGAUUUCUCGCUCGAGACUCUCACUCUGCAGAACACCGACGGCACCUCGACGGCCAUUAACAAUUUCCAAUUCGGCUGCGGGCUCAGAAACCAGGGAUCGUUCACGGGCACGGACGGGUUGGUCGGGCUGGCGCGCGGGCCCAUCUCGUUCCCGUCGCAGAUCGCACCGUUCCUCAACAACGUCAACAAAUUCUCCUACUGCCUGCUCGGACGCUACGACGCCGACUCGGCCCGCAGUCCGCUGCUGUUCGGCGAGAGCGCUGUGCCGGCCAACGUGAGCGGCACGCUGUUCACGCCCCAGCUGACUCCGUACGAGCCCAGCGUCAUCCCGUACUACUACGUCAACCUGCUGGACGUCACAGUCGGCUCGCAGGCGCUGAACAUCCCGGCCUCGGCCUUCGCCAUCGACGCCAACGGCAACGGCGGCUUCAUCUUCGACUCCGGCACCACGUACACGCUCCUCAACACCGUCGCCUACCGUAGCGUCGUCGACACCUUCGUGGCGCAGCUCGGCUCCACGUACCCCCGCGUCGACUUCCUGGACCUGACGGGGCUCGAAGUGUGCUACGACAUUUCGACCGCCCAGACCGUGAGCAUCCCCAACAUGGUGUUCAAUUUCGAGGCCGCAGAUUUCGACCUGCCGUUCGAGAAUAUUAUGCUUCUGUUCACCACCACCGGCACUGACACUGUCAUGUGCUUGGCAUUGCUUGAGUCCACUGGGAUCAGCAUUUUCGGCAACGUUCAGCAGCAGAAUUUCCAAGUGCUCUACGACGAAGAUAAUUUACAGAUCGGCUGGGUACCUGCGGACUGCCAGAACUUGUAGGCAGAUUGAAUUUGGGUGCUGGUCAUUACAGUCACCAUUUUCUAGAUUAUAGUAUGAUUUUUUUCUAGCCCUCACCACCGUUCCGUGAACCUUGUAAAUUCCCCCUCGGUUCUCUCAUUCAACGGUAUUUGGUGGAUUAGGAAUCCAUGUCCAUCCUCUUCUCUGCACACUAUGCAUUCGAUCUGAGAUCGUCGUCGCUAUCCCGGCUUCUCUUCAUUAUUCUCAUGUUCUUGUUUAUGCUUGAUACGAUGCUUUGAGCUGAAAAUUCUU